CUUUGUACAUGAUCUGCUUUGAUGCGGGUACGCAUCCUUUCCCUUCUCCCCCCUUUCUCCUCCUUCAUCUGUCCUCAUCGCAACCUUUAUCUCUGCGCGCCGCGCAUUUUAUCCGAGCACCAAGCAGAAAGCAGCAGCAGCAGCAGCAGCAGCAGACAAUUAUCCACACACAGAGAACAUUGUGCCGAGGACGCUCCGGUCAGUGACAUCUGAGAGAAAGAGAGAGGCAGACAGAGAGGGGGAGAGAGAGCGAUUCUACUUGGCACACAGCGCCCCUGUGGCAGAGAGACUUUGACUGACUGGCUGUCUGACGGAGGAUUCUGGAGGACAACGCAGCUCUUCUAAUCCUUUUCACACCUUUUUCUGCGUCUCGUCUGUCAUCUCGGAGACCUCUGAUGGUUUUCUAGCGUCUCUUCACAGCUUCUUGCCACCUUAGCAUCGGAUUCUGCUUGUUACCCCGCACCUUUCUUCCCCUCUCUUCUCCUUGACUGGCCGAACCGGGGCUGAUCCCAGCCAACCCGGGCCGGGCCGUGGGGCUUUUCGGCGAGCCUUGUAGCUGAGAGUUGGGACACCCGAGAUGUGCGCUUCGGGACCAGGGAUCUGGGCUCUCCCCUCGGCGUGGGGAACCUCGGGCUCGUGGCAGUGCUUCUGGUGGUGGGUCGUGGCGGUCGGGGUGACGGUGGGCUCGGGGGACCCGUGGAUGUCCGCGGAGGCAUGCCCCUCGACUUGCUCCUGCAGCAGCACCAGGAUCUCCUGCGUGGACCCGGAGCGAGGGAUCAGCGCGUUCCCCGUACUGCAGAGCGAGGCGGAGAUGGAGAACAUCACCGACAUCUACAUUGCAAACCAGAGCAGCUUCUCCUCCAUUAAUGACAAAGACCUGCAUUACUACAAGAACCUCAGGAACCUUACGGUGACCAACAGCAGGCUGACAUACGUAUCAAAACUGGCAUUUCAGAGCAACUUAAGGCUACAGUAUCUGAAUUUGAAAGACAACAACCUGUCAUCCCUCUCCUGGAGGAUAUUCAAGCACCUCAACAUCUCAUAUCUAAUCUUGUCAGGGAACCCUCUACACUGCUCCUGUGAGAACAUGUGGAUCAAGCUGUGGUUAGGAGAGGAAGCAGACACUCAGGAGCUGCGCUGCAUCGAGGAUGGAGGAGCACGCAAGCCACUGUCAAGACUGAGACUACCGAAAUGUGAGGUUCCAAUGGCAACCCUGAGCCCAUCCAAAGUGACCAAAAUGGAAAAGGACAAUGUUGAGCUCUUCUGUACAACAUCGGGCAUGCCCUCACCUGAGUUGAUCUGGGACAUGGCACUUGUCACAAACUACGUGAUUGAGACGUCUGGCCAGAUUUCGGUGCUGCGGCUCUCAAACUUGUCAUCAAUGGACCACAACAAGAAGAUCAGCUGCACGGCUGAAAAUAUUGUUGGAGAGAGAGAGUCCUCUUUGCUGCUGGAUAUACUUUUUGCACCCCAAAUCACAAAACUGAGUGACGCCAUCGCAGACCAUCACUGGUGCAUACCCUUCAGUGUAGCAGCAAACCCAGAACCACAAAUCAAGUGGUACCGGGACAAUGUGGAAGUGACAGAGGGGGAGUACAUUAUGACAAUGAUCCACGACAUCACAGAGAGAGAAUACCACGGCUGCCUCCAGCUGGACAAUCCCACACACAUCAACAAUGGUCUUUAUCGCCUAGAGGUUAAAAAUAAAUAUGGCUCAGACGAAAAGGAGAUCACAGCUCACUUUAUGCGCAGGCCGGACGAUGAAAAUGAACCUUCCUACUAUGUUCCUGACGAUGUAACCCCAGAAAAUCCUACUCUAGACCCACCUGAGGACAGAGUUGCUGUAUACGUAGUCGUGGGAAUUGCUGCUGUAGCCUUCACUGGUUUCUUGCUGAUGCUGGUUAUCCUAAAGUUUGGAGGAAAUUCCAAGUUUGGCAUCAAAGGACCGUCUUCAGUGAUCAGCAAUGAUGACGACUCAGCUUCUCCUCUUCAUCAUGUCUCCAAUGGCAGCAACACUCCUUCUUCCUCAGAAAUGGGUCCUGAUGCUGUCAUCAUUGGCAUGACCAAGAUCCCUGUGAUAGAAAACCCUCAGUAUUUUAGGAGCACCAACAGCCUGCUGAAGACUGACACUUUUGUCCAGCACAUUAAGCGACACAACAUCGUGCUGAAGAGAGAACUGGGAGAAGGAGCUUUUGGAAAAGUUUUCCUGGCUGAGUGCUACAACCUUUCACCUGACCAGGAAAAGAUACUCGUUGCUGUCAAGACACUGAAAGAGGCCAGUGAAAAUGCCAGGAAGGAUUUCCACCGAGAGGCCGAGCUGCUGACCAACCUGCAGCAUGAGCACAUCGUCACGUUCUACGGUGUUUGUGUGGAGAGCGACCCUCUCAUCAUGGUGUUUGAGUACAUGAAACACGGAGACCUGAACAAGUUCCUCAGGGCUCACGGACCAGAUGCAGUUCUGAUGGCGGAAGGCCAGACCACCAGACCCGUGGAGCUGACCCAGUCUCAAAUGCUCCAUAUUGCCCAACAGAUAGCAUCUGGCAUGGUCUACCUGGCAUCACAGCACUUUGUGCACCGCGACUUGGCCACCAGGAACUGUCUGGUGGGUGAGAACCUGCUGGUUAAGAUCGGAGAUUUUGGCAUGUCCAGAGAUGUUUACAGCACGGACUACUACAGGGUAGGUGUCGGAGGUCAUACCAUGCUGCCAAUCCGCUGGAUGCCCCCUGAAAGCAUCAUGUACAGGAAGUUCACCACAGAAAGCGAUGUUUGGAGUCUAGGAGUCGUUCUUUGGGAGAUCUUCACCUACGGGAAGCAGCCUUGGUACCAGCUCUCCAAUAAUGAGGUGAUCGAGUGUAUAACUCAAGGUCGGGUGUUGCAGCGUCCAAGAACCUGCCCCAAAGAGGUGUAUGACCUGAUGCUGGGCUGCUGGCAAAGAGAACCGCACAUGAGACUCAACAUUAAAGAAAUCCAUGGCCUACUCCUUAAUCUGGCCAAGGCCUCACCUGUUUAUCUGGAUAUACUGGGCUGAACAAGAGGAGGAUGAAACGCAGUGUGUGUGCAAGCUGUGUGUGGGGAUAUAUUUAAAUGUAUAUGUGCAUUUAAAUUUUGCAUGCAUGUGUAUGUGAGUCAAAGUGGGCAUUGGGACACUUCCGACUGAAGCGUUUGAUGCUCAUGCAGGUGGGGGUGUGUGUGCGUGUGUAUGUGUAUGCAGAAUGUGUAACUGUACAGGACGUGAAGCUCACUUUAUGGCAAUCAAAAAAUAUUCCUUCAACUCCUCCCUUGAUCACCUCUUUCCCACCGACCAACUUCUUCACCUGUGUGCAAUCCAAUUUGUUCUGCUUCUUCACCAAGGAGACUUUUAUCAGGAGUGAUUUAACUUUCAAGCUUCUCACUUCUUCUCAGAUGCUUUAAACUCGCUGGGGCUUAACUGAUAAAAUAACAAACAAACAAACUGAUGAAUAAGACUUGAAAUUAAUUGACUUAUCCCUUUGCUGCCUGUAAGACAACAGGCCAUGUUUGAACAUCUGGGAAACUCAAGGCGGAGCAGUAAGAGAAGGAGGAGGAAUUUCUGGAAGCUCCGACCAUUUUUCUUGUAAAUAGGAGACUGAUGGGACACUUCCGGAGAAACGGCUCUGCGAGAUGCCGUGCCGUUAAGACACUGUGUUAUCCUCUUUCGCCCUGUCUGUCUUUUUUUCUGUCUCCCUCUCUAAAAUGAGGAUUACAGUCAGCAGUCAACCAGCAGGACUACAAACGCAACGAUUGAGACAUCAGUACGCAUGUGGGAAAUUGAGCGUGACACAACAAUGGCCAGAAAGGGAAAGAAAAGUAAACACAAUCUCCUUCCUUGCCUGUCUAUUGAAAUUAAGAGGUGUGUUGAGGAGAUCAUUUCUGGAUGGCCAAUAUUGCUGAUGCACAAAACAAUCGGUGACAACACAGAUGCAACCGACUACUGUGGUGAAAAGAGAUUUCAGACAUCAUGCUGAGGUACUCACUUUCAUGGGUUUGCAUUUUACAACUGUUAUCUGUUGCAUUUUACUUUCCUCAGGCCUGAGAUGCAAAGUCAUACAGAGCAGAGUAAUACGAUAACUACUCCACCCCAAACCUCCAAAGCGACAGAUGCUCCACUUGUGAUGUCAAGCGUUUGUGUCGGAGGUCAAUUGAUUCAUUUGUCCGCAGCUGUCCGACAAUCGCAAAAUCACAGUGUUGGGGGAGAUUGGGGGUUGGUGUGUGGAGGGUUGGGUAGCGUAAAGGCUGCUGAGGGAGUUUGGGUAUCGAGUGGUCAGACCAUGGUCAAAUGUGUGGGUGACUGCAUUGUAGAAGGUGUGGUUCAUCUGGUCAACCCCUAUUAAAUCUUCAAAGCUCUCAGCACUCAGACAUUCUUGAAAACCACAUCUGCGUAAGAGGGGGUGCGCACGAGAGCACACUCACACAUCUAUGGUAUACCUCAUCCCGUCAUCCCUGCAUCCCCACACACCCACCCACCCCCACUCACUGAAAGACACUCAAAACGGCCGAGAAGGAAAUUGAAUUGUACAUGUUUUAUUAUUUGAGCGGUGCAGUGCUUUAGCCGGGCCCCGUCCCCUGUAAUGGUGUAAUGUAUAUUUCAUUACAGCUAAUGGGCUCCAUUAGCACAGUCUCCUCACAGACAUUCAAGACUUAUUGUUUUAUGGCCGAGAAGAAGGGAUGGAGGGAUGGAAAGGUGAAGGAGAAGAAAACAGUUAGGCUCGCCGGAUUUAGGAGCGGCGACGCGUAGGAAUACGGGCAGAUGUAUUAAUGCGUCCUGGAAAGCAAUUGAGUGGACUACAGAGGGGAAGCAGGGAAGUAAAAAGAAAGGGACUGGAGACAGACUUGGCAGGAUGAAGGAGGGAGAGAAGUGAGAAUCUCCUCUGGGAAAAAAAAGAAGUGUGAACAUCCAUCAUUACUAUGGCCAGCAGAUGUUCUGUAAGCCACAACUUCAACUUUACGCUCCCUUCACAUUCCUACAGCUGCCUUCAACCACAGACAGUACACACAGCCACACACUUGAAUGCAGGCCAGGGUUUCUGCAGGGUCUUAAAACGUUAUAAAGUCUUAAAUGUAUUAGUCCUAAAAUUUCUUUAAUGAAGUCAGAUUUUCCAUAGGUCUUAAAUUAAACACUGUUUUGUCUUAAAUGUAAACCUUCAUUCAUUUAUUGUUUCCUUAACUUUCAUCAGCUUCUUUUAUCAUGUGGAAAUGUGUAAUGUAUUUGUGAUUGGUUGUCUAGACUGUGUUAUUAUGCCAUAAUAAAACUUCAAACCCUAUAAUGCAGGACAGCAAUAAGCCCUAUGGCAAGGAAUUUGUCCUCAGACAUUCAGCCUUCCUCCUAAACCUGCGGCAGUUUUAUGCUUGUGAAAUUUACCUUUGAACUUAUAAUUUUAUAUUUAGAUAAUUAAAUGCAACUGAUUUAUUUUUGUUUGUUAGUAUAUCUGUAGUAGUACCAAGUUAUAUACUUGAUAUUUAAGAAAGAAAUACAAAGCAAAAUCAUUGCAUAAAGAGAAAAGAAAGAAAGAAAAUAAAACAAAUAAACCAAACCUAAAGCAUAAUAAAAUGACUUGAUAAACCUGUUUACUGUCAAGGUUUUAAAUUAUGUACCCUGAAUAGCAACUCAGAAAUGAUCUUGGCCCAAAUAUUUCCAUACUUUUAAGACCAAUAACAAGAUUUUAAAAUCUAUUCUUUUACAAACUGGGAACCAGUGCAAUGACUUGUGAUUUUGUGUGAUGUAUUAAAUGUUCCUCUGUUGGUCAGGAUUGUUGCCUCAUUUUUAAUGAGCUGCCACUGACUAAUUUUUUAACAGAGACCAGUAGUGACAAUUAAAGUUACCCAGUGUGUUAAAAUGUAGAUCCGAGUCAUUAAUGAUGCUUAGGUUUGUUGUACGCUCUAUGAUCUUUAGCCGAUACUCUAGUUAAUUGUUGACCACUAAUCUUUUAUUUUUGGGACCAACAGCCAAUUUACUGAUUUGCUUUAAUAUAGAUACAAUUCUGACUACCACUCAUUAAAAUUAUGGACACACUGGCUUUAAGCUUAUGAUGAAAUGUGGUGAUAUGAUGAGACACAAAGCUGUGUGUCAUCAGCAAACAUUAUGGUAAAAACAAUGUUUGAUUAGUUUACAAUCUGAAUCAGGAAUGGGAAGGAAGUAGAAAAGUGGCCUAAGAAUAGAACCUUAAUGAACUCCACUUGUCCACUUGUGAUCUUUGAUUGCAGAUUUAUAAUUAACAAAUGAAACAAAGUCAUCACAGUCUGGUGAGUAACAUCUGAACCAAUCUAGGAAAGUACCAGACACACCCGCCUACUUUACUAGUGGAUCAGUAAUGUUUGGAUCAGCUGUGUUAAGAUCCAGUAAAACAACAAACAAACGUCAGGCACAUUGACAUUUAAAAGCUUCACUAAUGUUCUCUCAUUGCUGAGGUGUGAUCAAAAACUGGACUGGUAUGAAUUAAAGAGAUUGUUUUAGUUUUAUCAACAAUGAACUAAUUUGUUGCUGCUUGCCAAAAAGUCGUUAGGCCAGAAACAGAACUGUAGUUACUUUUUUAUUGAAGCAUCCACACUCAGCCUUAUAAAAAUUGGUUUGAUAUCUGAAGCUUUGAAAUAAUUUUUAUGAAGGUUACGGUAUGCUGUAGGAAGGUAUUUGAGGUUUAUAACAAUUGCAAAGGCACUAAGGUAAGAUACACAUUUAUGUUGACAAAUUUAGAUUUAACUUGUUUAUACUCUGAAGUACAUUCAAUAUAAGUUAGGUUGUUUUUCAUAUACAUCUUAAUUUAAAAUCAUAAAUGACUUGAAAAGGCUAAUGAAAGGUCUUGAUACUUGCAGAAAUCCUGCUGCCUCACUCCUCAUACAUAUAGUAUGUACUAACAAACUGAGAAUAAUCUGUAACGAUCUAUCACACAUCUUGUUAAAGCAGAACCACUUCACUCCUCCUACAGCUCUGCUCUGGCUUACAGACAUACUGUAAAUACAGCUCACAUGCAUGCAAGAAAACACAUGUAACGUUUGCUUUUGCAUUUUACUUGUGCAUAUUUUACUCUUUACACACAUAUUUAAAAGUCAUUACCAAUGCGAUUUCACUUACGGUCAUUUUGAUUUGAUGUAGAGAUUUCAUUUGGAAUAGUAGGUCUUUAUUUGUUAUUUAACUGCAGCACUUGAUGGUAUUGAUGUUUGUGGAUUUGAUUUCCUGUUAUCUAAUUUAUAAACUUGUAAACCUUUUUGUACGUUUCUUUCUAUUUUUAGGGUUGCCUUUUUUGCAACUGCAAACUGAAUUUGAAUUUAAUGAUUAUGUUUACACAAAUGUGUAAGAUAAUCUUGAGUGUGUGGGUAUUUUUACAUCCCGUUCCUUCUUGAUAACAACCGAGCCUGUCCUCAUGGACACUGUUCACUGCAGCAGGGAUGGAUAUCUCACCACUCUGUCACAUAUGUCGAUUGAGUUUGACAUUUUGCCAAAAUUAUUCUCACCUGUCAGAAUAACUGCAAGGGUUAAUGGCUGCAGCAUUGACAGCGCAUGCUAACAGGGUUAAAAAGAAAAAAAUAAAUAAAAAAAUCCGUCCCUGCUGAAGCACACCAACCACACUCAAAACAAAACCCGACACACAAUAUCUCUGUGCAAUAACAGAGGGCAGGGUGUGUAAGCUGGAAAAAACUGUGAAAAAUAAAUACAGUGCGUACGGACACUUCUGAUGUCAAAAGAGUAGCGUACACUGAAGCAGCUCCCCAGCUCCCAGCACUGUUUCUGCACUUACCUGCUGUGUUUGUUUCUCUCGUUUUUAAUAAUAAUGAACUGCGUGACGUUGGCAGGGGUGAUGUUUUGACAGCGAGAGAUGGAGGAGAUGGGUCUGCACAGAUCGGCAGUCUUUGCACCAAUGCCUCUGAUCAGAAAAAAAAACCUGGAAAAAGUAAAAACAACAUCUGCUGUGUGAAUGGAAACCUCAGACAGAAGGGACUGACAAUCACAGACUUCUCUACGCUCUCUCUCUCUCUCUUUAUCAAGUGACCUACUGUAUAAUAGAUUAUUCAACCAAUUUUUCCUCUUCUAUGCUGCCUAUACUGUAUGUGAUAGUCUUAACCUCCGGUUCUUAGAAGUGCUACUUUUGUCCUUUUUCUUUCUUUUUUUUUUUUUUUUUUGUAAAAUAACAGCAAGAGGAAUGAACAAGAAUUUAUGUAAAAAAUGUGAAUAAGCUGCUGGAAGAAAUAAGCAUUGUUAACUGGUGUGUGCCAGACUGUGCCAGUAUUUAGACUGAACUGUUUUACUCUUUUAUGUUUGAAUCAAGGGGGUGCUAGUUGGGUAGGUGAGGCUCAGCCAAGACAAAAAAAUGACAUUCAGUGGCCCCAGGGAAGCUGUACAGCUUUUGAUUAUUCCGUUUCGGUGAGUGUGUGUAGGGGUGUGUGUGGGCGUGUGGGGGUGUGUGUAAAAAGCUGGCUGAUUUGCACCAUUCAGACUAAAUCCAAGCUCAAAUGUCAUAAGACUCAACACAGGAAGCAGAAAUUGAUUUAUUGUUGCUGUAUGCCAAUUUCAUGAUAAAUAACUGCAAACCAUCGCAUGGAAAUGUGGUUGUUUUUAUGGCAGCUAUGAUUAAUAGAAUCAGUCGUACCCUUUUUUUUAUAAAAGCUCAAAUUUGCCUUCUUUUUGCCUCGAUUUAUCAAAGCCUGGGUUUCACACUAGCAUAUCAACAACAGUACCUAGAGAAAUCUUUCCUGCCCCGUUGCCUUACUUCAAUGUAUUUUUGGCCAGACUCUGUGACUCGGGGGUGCAUUUCCAGUACAAUAUAUGUACUUCACAACUUUAGAAAUGUUUUGAUCCACAUCACAUUUAAUGCUCCCACACCCCACUCUCUUUCUCACACAACCGUGACAUCAGACUUUGAUUUAAUCGAACUGAAAUAUCAGAAAGGUCAUCUCUCAAAUUACUUUUGUGCUUGGAUGCUCUGGAGUACCUAGAAGAAUGUAAUGCAUAAAAACAGCUUCUUCUUUUUUUUUUUUGGAGAGAAAGGGGAAGAUCUAACCUGUGAUUUAAAAAUAGUCUCUUUUUCUUGUUCUAUGGUUGUCUUCUGCACUUAAAUUGUUUUGCUGAAUCCACAAAGAUAUGAAAAUGGAGGAAUGCAACUAUCAAAACACUGACGUCAAUUCUAGUUAGAGACUGCAAAUUCAAACUACUUGUAUUUUUUUGAGCAAAUGGGUAAUUAGUGCUCCCUCCCACACACACACCUACACACCAGAGAGAAGCUGGACAGAUUAUAGUGGAGUGAUGGAAAUAAUAAUAUAAUAUUUAUUCAUGAUGGUGAAGAUGAUGAUGAUGAUGAUGGUAAUGAUUAUGUGACCUUUUUUCUGAAGGUGGACCAGUCUGUUGUGAUACAAUGUAAUUAAUAAAACCUGUUAUGUCACAUCAAACAUC